AGAACCAUCUAUAAUUCGUGAGUUAAGAAGUCAACUUAAAGGAAAAAAGGAUAUUAGUGAUGGGAUACAAAUGAAUGAGAGGUUGCAUAUUUUAUUUUAAAAAAUGAAAAAUUUGUAGUUAAAGUAAUUUAUUUAAAAAUUUUUUAUUUUAGACUCUUCGAUGAUUUUUCGGAAAAUACCGAUGUUCCUAAAUUUAAGAUGUGGGAAUCUUGGGAAAGUGAGGAACUCGAAUUUUCAUUAUCUAAAUUUCCUACAAAUGGAAUUCAACAAAUGAUUCAAUGGACUAAAGAAGGAAAAUUAUGGAAAUUUCCUAUAGAUAAUGAACAAGGGAUGGAAAAAGAAAAAAAUGUGCAUUUCUCAAAGCAUGUGUUUUUAGAACGUCAUUUGAUACCUUGGUGUCCUUCUAAAGGUCCAAUGCGCCAUUUUAUGGAAUUAGUAUGUAUUGGACUUUCAAAAAACUCAUAUCUGACAAUUGAAGAAAAAUAUGAUCAUAUAAUGUGGUACAAAGAUUAUUUCCAGAAUAAACACGACUUAUUAGAAAAAUUAGGACUUCUAGAAUAGAUCAAGAAAUUUCUAAAUAUAACUCUUUGUAAUAAAUAAAGAUGAAAUAAAAUAAUAUACAUAUA